AGGCCGUUUGCGGUGGCACGGCCUACCGGUACGAGGCAUCCUGCGAGAAGCCCUGCAAGUCCUUUGGCGGCAAGGGCUUCUGCGGCCCAGAGGAGAAGUGGGCCAACGUCCGGAGGUGCCCCGUGGCCAACCUGUCGGUGGACCUGGUGUCCGACCCGCCGAGAGGCGACGGCGACUGCCAGUGCCCCAACCUGCUCGUCCUGGACGGCGCUGGCAUGGCGUUCUGGGGCCAGGGCUGGGACUACAAAAAGACACACGGCUACCUCUCCGAGCACUAUUGGCAGGCGGACGCGAACAAGGCCGUGCAGCCGGUCAGCUUCGCCGCGCUGCGGCACCAGGUGAAGAUCCCCGCGCAGGCCUUCAGCGUGGUGGCUCAUGUGCGCCUCGGCGACGUCAAGAAGGCGGAAGCUGGCUCCAAGAUUGCGCUCAAGAAGGCAGACCCCGAGUGGAUCUUGGCUGCGCUGCAGAAGGUCGCGGAGAAGCUGCCCGAGAGCUGUGCCAGCAUCACCCUCGUGACGGACUCGGAGGACAAGGAGGGUGGCGAGGUCGGCAAGAUCGUGAGCAGGUUCGCCAGCCGGACGAACGGCAGGACCGGGCUCGUUGGCGCCGAGGCUGCGACAGCCGACGCCUUCCGCCUCAUGACGCACGCCAACGUGCUCCUGGCCGGGGGCAGCGACUUCUCGAGGCUCGCCGCCGUGCUCGCGCGCAACACUUCCGCCGUGUUCGUGCAGGACUUCCAGAACUCCGUGGUCAAGAACGCGAGGUUUUCGCGCCAGUCCCUGGAGUACCUGCCGAACCGAACGUCCCUGCCGCUCAAGGACCUUAAGGCCAUGGGCCCAAAGAUCCAGCGGAACAAGGCGCUGAGGAGCCUGGCAAAGGCCUGCCUGGACAUGCCAGCGAAGGCGAAGGCUGCGGACGACGACCUGCUGGCAGAGUUUGACAUCCAGG